CCAAUAUUCACUAUUUUAUCAAAAAUUUUAUUUAUUCUUAAAUGGAAAUUUUUCCUUACGAGCAAUAUAGGGAUAUAUUAGAGAAAAUUCCUUUUUCUUUAAUGUUACAUAAUAUAUAUUCAGAAAAAUAUGUUAAAAAUUUUAUUAAUGAAGAAUUAUUAUAUCUUUUAAGCCUUGAUCCAAAAAAUUGGAAGAAUCAAGAUCAUUAUAAAAUUUUAGGUUUAGAAGAUAUGCGUUAUAAUUCAACAGAAGAAGAUAUCAAAAAAGCUUAUAAAAAAAAAGCCUUAAAUCACCAUCCAGAUAAAAGGUAUAAACAUAACAUUAAACAUGAUUCAAAUGAUUAUUUUCCAUGUAUCAUAAAAGCUUUUGAAAUUUUAAGUGAUCCAAUUAAAAGAAGAUCAUAUGAUAGUGUUGACCCAUUAUUUAAUAAUGAUAUACCUGAAACAUUUAUGCCUAUACAUAAUGAUAUUUCUUGUCAAUAUGAUCACUUUUUAAAUGUAUUUGAUCCUGUUUUUAAUAGAAAUUCCAGAUGGUCAACAAUACAACCUGUACCAACUUUAAAAUAUAUCAAUGCCUCAAGUGAAGAAGUCAACAAUUUUUAUUCCUUUUGGUACGAUUUUCAAUCAUGGAGAGAAUUUUCAUAUUUAGAUAAGGAAGAUAAAACGAAAGGAGAAAAUCGUGAUGAAAGGAAAUGGAUUGAAAAACAAAACAAAAUUGAUAGACAAAAAUUAAAAAAAGAUGAAAUUAAUCGGAUUAGAAAAUUAGUUGAUAUAGCAUACAAAAAUGAUCCUAGAAUCGAACGUAUAAAAUUAGAAGCGAAAGAGCGAAAAAAUGCUUAUAAAUUGGCUAAGCAAAUGGCAAUGAAAACCAGAUUUUCAGAAGAGUUUAAUAAUUUUGAAAUUAAGGACGAAUCAGAUAUCGCUCACAAUUCAAAAGAGGAAGAAGAAAAAAAACAAAAAAUAGACAUUCAAAAUGAUAGAAAAAGAGCCUUAAAAUGUCAAAAAAAAUUAUUAACGAAUUAUAUAUUAGCUAAAAGUAAUUCCCAAAUGGAUACAAAUACCAUUAAUUUAUAUCAAAAUUUGGGUUUUCAUGAUAACGUUGAAUUUUUAAUACAAAUUGAUAAUCUUACCAAUUGGCUCUCUUUAGAUGAUUUAAUCGAUAUUAAUAGAAAAUUUAAAUUAUUCAAAGAUAACGAUACCUAUUUUGAACCAUUGGUUCAAAUUUUAAAAGAAAAAUUAAAAGAUAUGACACAUGAAUUUAUAAAAGAAAAAACUCAGCAUUUGGCUGUUAAUAAUGCUCAUACUAGCCAUAUUAAUUGUGCUCAUCAUAUAUGGACUGAACAUGAAAUUAAAGACUUAAUUAAGGCAACUGAACUAUACCCUUCAGGAACCAUUUCAAGAUGGGAAGUUAUAGCUCAUUAUUUAUCCAAACGUUAUAUUGAUAGACCCAAAACCUCAAAGGAUAUCAUUGAUAAAUUCAAAGAACUUAAAAGUUUAGAAAAGUCAAAUAAUGUUUUUGAUGACUAUUCCUCAAAAUCCAAUAAUACUCUAAAAGAACAAAAUCAAAAUAUUAAAAUUGACUCAAUCCCUAUUAAAUGGACAUGCGAUGAACAAAAACUGCUAGAGAAAGGUAUAAAAACAAUAUCCUUUAAAGAUCAUGAUAGAUGGCAAAAAAUAGCCGAAAUCGUUAAAUCAAAAACUAAACUUGAGUGCAUGAUGCGUUACAAAGAAUUAGCAGAAAUAGUCAAAAAACGAAAAAAUCCUAUUUAAAGAGUCUAAUUAAAAGUGGAAAUGCUCAACAUUUAAUAAUAAAUAUGAUACUUGAAUUAUGCAAGUUAUAUAUAAAAUUAUUUGUCAAAAAAAUAGCCUUUUAUAUUAUAAAUUGAUAUUAUAUCAUUAGAUUUAUUGUUUUCAAUCAACUAGAUACCUUUUUUGAGGACUUUAAUUACUAGUUACAUUUUGAAAAGCUCAUUUAAAAUUUUUAUUUUAUUAUAUCUAAUUAAAGUUUUAAAAUAUUUUUAUAAAUGUAUGUUAAUCAAAUUAAAGUUUAUAAUAAAUCUUGUUUGAAAUUAUU